AUGGAGAAAUUAAGAAAAGCGGUAAACGAGAUAGCAUAUACAAAGAACCUCAGUAAACUAUCUCCUCUUCAUUUCUCUCUUCUCCCUUUCCUUUCCAUUUCAUCGUCUUUCUACAAAUUCGCUCUCUCAAUUCGCCGCCGCUUCUUUCUUUCUCGAAUUCAUCGUCUACCAGUUCCUGUUAUCAGCGUCGGAAAUUUAACAUGGGGAGGUAAUGGCAAGACGCCAAUGGUUGAGUUCAUCGCUGCCUUCUUUGCUCGUUCCGGAAUUUCACCGCUUGUUCUGUCUAGGGGUUAUGGUGGUGGUGAUGAAGUUAACAUGCUUCAGAGACAUUUACUUGGAACAUCAACUAAGUUUGGUGUUGGCGCAAAUCGAGCUACUGUUGCUAGUCAUUUGAUCCAAAAAUAUGGCUACACUGAUAUUCGCAAGAGUUCUUUGCAUGAGAAACAAAACCUUAACCAGAAGGCCCAUAAUUCUCUUGAUUCAGAAAAGAUUGGGACUGUAGUUCUUGAUGAUGCAAUGCAGCAUUGGAGCUUAUGGCGAGAUUUGGAUAUUGUGAUGGUCAAUGGAUUAACUCUUUGGGGUAACGGCCGACUACUGCCACUUGGACCUUUAAGAGAGCCUUUGACUGCACUCAGACGAGCAGAUGUAGUUGUAAUCCAUCAUGCAGAUUUGGUUUCUGAUCGUGUUCUCGAGGAUAUUAAGUCUAUGGUUCAAGGAAUUAAAAAGUCUGUUCCUAUUUUCUUCACAAAAAUGGAUCCAACUUACUUAUUUGAGGUGGGAAACAUCAAUGCUAAAAUAUUGUUGACAGCUCUAAAUGAAGCUACUAUUUUAUGUGUUUCCGCUAUUGGUUCUCCAGAAUCUUUUGUGAAGCGGGUUCAAGAGAUGGGAGCACUGUAUGUUGAUCGAAUAGAUUUCAGCGAUCAUCACAUAUUCCAUGCCAGGGAUAUUGGUAUGAUCAGAGCCAAACUUGGAGAACUAGAGAGGAAGUUUGGUUUCAAACCAAUUGUUGUAAUAACUGAGAAGGAUUAUGAUAGGGACCCUGAAAUUCUUAAGCAACUUUAUCCAUUUAAAACUUUUGCUCUGUGUUCUACAUUGAAGAUUUUACCCUAUCGAGGAAACAAUGAAGAUAGCUUUAAGAAAUUUCUUACGGACAAGUUGGAAUUAGAAUUGCCUGCAGCGGAUUAA